CAAGUCAAAAGAGAUUUUUACCAAAAGACCGAGAAUAAACACUAUAUAUUACAAAACAGAGGAGGCUCUGUUUCCAUCAUCCUCAAUAGCAAUGGCUUCUCUUUUCACAUCUUUCCUUCUAACGCUCUGUCUCUUCGUGAUCCCAUCACUCUCAUCUGACCCUGACCCUUUACAAGACUUCUGCGUUGGAGAUCUCAGAGCUUCUCCUUCCAUCAACGGCUUCCCAUGCAAAUCAUCAGUCUCAGCAUCUGACUUCUUCUUCUCCGGUUUAGGCGGUCCUCUAAACACCUCAAACCCUAACGGCGUAGCCAUUUCCCCCGCUAACGUCUUAACGUUUCCGGGUCUGAACACUCUAGGAGUUUCCAUGAACAACGUUGAGUUCGCUCCUGGAGGUGUGAACCCUCCUCACUCGCACCCGCGUGCAAGCGAAGCGGGAGUUGUGAUCGAAGGUUCGGUCUUUGUAGGGUUCUUGACAACGAACAACAGUUUGUUCUCGAAGGUUAUCAAUGCUGGAGAGAUGUUUGUUGUCCCUAGAGGAUUGGUCCAUUUCCAAUGGAACGUUGGUAAAGGUAAAGCGCGUUUGAUAACCGCUUUUAACAGUCAGCUUCCAGGAGCAGUGGUUCUGCCUAGCACUUUGUUUGGUUCAGUGCCUGAGAUUCCAAACGCGGUUUUAACCAAAACGUUUAGGACGGAUGAUGCAACUGUGAACAAUCUCAAGUCCAAGUUUGCUGUUUGAGUCUUUUGAUUUAUGUUUUCUGAAAACGAUAUUUCUCAAUUGAUUCUAUAGCAAUAAUCUGAUAUGCUAAUGUAAUAAUAAUAAGU